AUGCUGAGAUUCGGCAUCAUCUUCCUGCUGCUCGUCGUCGCCUACUCGCCCGAUGCCGCGGCGCUUGCUGCUGGAAGUCGGGCCCGUCGCUUGGCAGCUGAUGAGGAAUGCGUUGAGCGGCCGUUCGUCUGCUACACGUACGAGUGGUUGGCUGCCAAGGGAUUGCCGCACGAUCGACCGGCUGCCUUUGAGAAGAAGUGUACGCCAUGCCCGCUCACGCCGUGCAACAACCCCGGAACUCUUGCGCCAAAUGGGGUCGUCUGGCCCAGGGUGAUUUGCGACCCGACCGCGCUCUUCUGUGAGGAAUUUCCCACGGAGGGCGACGCCGUUAAGCCAAGCUGCACCAAGCCCGCCGCAUAUGAAGAUAAGGUGGCUGGCGGAAGCGGAAGAGGCGAGAAGAAAUACGGGCUGCUGCCUUUCAACCUCUGCACCAGGGACAUGUUGGCCAAGGGAACGUGUCCUGUUGAAUUUCUCGAGGGCAGCGUCCCAGACGAGUUGAAGACGAUCGGCGAUGCCGUGCCAGCGACGUGCGUCAACGCGUGCGUCUACAAGGAGAAGGGAUCGUCGGCCGACUACGCUGAAUGCCAAGUGCUCGACAUUGUCGAUCGCCAGGACGAGACGGACAUCAAGUCUGGCCCGUACGCCUCGUUGAUGUCGGCCGCCGAGAGCUUGAAAUAUGCUGGCAAAGAAGAGACGACUGUUGACGACACCAGCGAACCGCCCAGCACGGAGGAGUUGUGCACGAUUGAACCUACAACACCUCCGCCGACGGUGCCUGAAGGAGAUGAAGGCCCAGACUACGUGAUCAUAGCUUCAGUCGCUGGCGGUGUCGGAUUCGUGGGGAUCGUUGCUGCGGUCCUCAUCUGGUACUUCGGCUGCAAACGGCGAGGUGGUGGGAAGAAGCCAGUCAGCCCGGAGGACCCUGCUCCAACGCCUUCCCCGGAUGGCGUUUCUGCUGACGCUACGAGCACGAAUGCCGCCUCGGAGAAGGACGGCAGCGUCGCCGAGGCGGCCUCGCCAGCUUCGACCGCG